CCCUUGAUCAUGUCGUCUCCAUUUCGUAUUGUCGAGCAUGUGGUACCUACCCAGCAUGUUCGCGAGUAUCCCGGUGCCAUUGCAGAUGAUCAAGAUCAACCCUUGGGACUUGUGGUGAAACAGUAUAUCCCCCUAGACAACCCAAAUCCUCAACCAGGUGAUGUGACAAUUCUCGCUGCUCACGCCAAUGGCUUCCCCAAGGAACUAUAUGAGCCUCUAUGGGAGGAGAUUCAUGCUCGCGCAAAGGAGACUGGUUUCCGUAUUCGCAGUAUUUGGAUGGCCGAUGUGGCGCAUCAAGGCGAGAGCGGCGUCGUCAACGAAGAGCGUCUAGGAAAUGACCCAAGCUGGUUUGAUCACCCCCGCGACCUUCUCCACUUGGUCAAUGUAAAGGCGGCCGAAAUGCCCCGUCCCAUCAUCGGAAUCGGUCACAGCUUCGGUGGCGCGCACCUCACACAAUUAAGCUUAAUGCACCCUCGUCUGCUACACACUCUAGUCCUUCUAGACCCUGUAGUUCAGCCCCAUUCAACUCAACUCGACGGCUUCAGCCGCCAGGAGAACAAGCGCGUCAUCGCAAAGACAACCCAACUAUCAACCUACCGCAAAGACAUCUGGCCUUCCCGCAAAGCUGCCGCAGAAGGCUUCGCACGCAGUCCAUUCUACCAAGCCUGGGACCCACGCGUACUAGACCGCUGGGUGAAAUACGGCCUACGCGACCUUCCAACCCCAAUCCACCCCUUAGACAGCAACAAGGAUCUCGAUAGAGCUAACCCGCCUGUAACUCUACGCACAACUCUCCACCAGGAAGUCUUCACAUUCUCCCGACCAAACUAUAACCAUAUCCCCGGUAGCGACGCGCCCGUGAACCGCGUCACCCACCCCGAUCUCGACGCUAACCACCCAGACUCCCAUCCCUUCUAUAGACCCGAGCCAUCGCGUAUCUUCGCUCAGCUCCCGUUCCUGCGGCCUAGUGUGCUGUACAUCUUUGCCGGGAAAUCGGAUAUGUGUUUGCCGAAGAUGCGCGCUGAUAAGCUUGCUAAUACGGGCACGGGACUUGGGGGUAGUGGUGGUGUUGCGGCUGGGCGAGUGCGAGAGGUCUUCCUUGAGGAGUUUGGACACCUGCUUGCUCAGGAGGCUGUUAAUGAGUGUGCGGAUGCGGCGGUUUGUUGGAUUGGGCCUGAGUUGAGGCGAUGGAGGGAGGAGGAGGAGAGUUUCCGGAAGGGUUGGAGUGGGAAAAGUAUGCUUGAGAAGAGGACUAUUGAUCAGGAUUGGGUGCGGCAUGUUCCUGCGCCGGAGCGGAGGGCGAAGAAGACAGAGUCUUCGAAGCUGUAG